GUUUGGUAUCUAAUAGUAAUCACGUUGUUGUUUUUGCUGUUUGUGUUCGGAACAAUUGAGCUAUUGAUAUUUAUAGUUUUGUUGGUUGUGCUUAGUGCUGGUGUGUCUUGGUAAUUGCGGCUGAUUGUUGUGAGGUUAUUGAAGUAAGAUGCCAUUUAAAGCGUUUAAAACUAUGGUCGAGUCUAACAACAACAUACCGGGAAAUACUCCGCUAGGGUGCUUAUUAAAGCGGUGGAGGAGUGAAGGAUUUUAUCAGGAUUUGGAGAAGGAAAAGAUGAUUGAUUAUUGUAAUCAUUGGUGGCCAGAAUAUGAAAGGGUAGGGCCAGAGUGGCCGUUGAAUGGGUCUGUGGAUUAUGAGGUAAUUACUCCUUUAAUGCAGUUUCUAAAACAAAAUGAGAAAUGGGAUGAGGUGCCGUACUUGGACUUAUUCUAUCUCCUAAGGGAGAAAAAGGAGUGGCAGAAGGAAUGUGGAAUAAUGGUUUUGGAGUUAAAGAGUUCGGAAUGCGGAGGGUGUAAAGAAAAACUUAAAUGUACUCAAUGUUUGGCUCUAACCUCCCAACCAGAGGAGGAUUUAUCCCUGCUCGUGGCUCCAAAUGUUCCCCCAGCUCCUGCUUCGGCUUCCCUUUCUUCGUACCCGCCGUUACCUAGAGAUAGUAGUAGCGAUGAUAGUGAGGAAGAAAAACCGGGGGAGAGAAAGAGGGAACGCAAGAUUCCUAACGCAACUAUAAAAUUACAGCCUCAUACCCCCUCUCCCGGCCCUUCUGGAAAUGUGCAAAGAACUCCUCUUGCGAACAGGACAAGGCAAGGGCGGAAAAAUCUUGGGGAGCCCAAGCUAAUAGCUCCCUUAAGGGAAGCAGUGGGACCCCAAGGAGAUAGGGUACUGAUAAAGGUGCCCUUUUCUCCCGGAGACCUGGUAAUUUGGAAGCAGUCUGCGGGAAGCUAUCGGGAGGAUCCAGAAAGGGUGGCGCGGGUGGUAAAAAUGAUAAUUAGAACACAAAACCCGGACUGGAAUGAUUUGCAGGUGUUGUUAGACACUUUAAUGGACUCCACAGAAAAGGAGAUGGUUUUAAAAGCAGCAAAGGAGAGAGCUAGAGAGGCUAUAAGGUUGCAAUUAGCAGAAGGAACCGUGAAUGAUUUAGUGCCGAGUGAAGAUCCGGGAUGGGAUCCAAAUACAAGCGGGGGUAUGGGUGCAAUUAAAGAAUACCAAGAAUUGUUGCUGGAAGGAAUCAGAACCGGUAUGCCUAAGACGUUGAACUGGUCUAAACUGUAUUCGGUGAGACAGGAUAAAAGCGAGUCCCCAUCAGCAUUCUUGGAAAGAUUAAAGGAAACUGCCAGAAAAUAUACUAAUUUAGAAGUGGAGGAUGAGCCAGGGAAGCUACAGCUCGCAUUAAUAUUUAUGGGGCAAUCUCAGGAUGAUAUCCGAAAGAAAUUACAGAAAUUAGAGGGAGAGGAUACCCGCAACUUGGAUAAAAUGCUGGAGGUAGCCUGGAAAGUAUAUAAUAAUAGGGAAAAAGAGACUGCCAAGAAGCAGCAGGCAGGGAUUCUGGCAGUAAUCCAGCAAGCUGGAAACAGAGGGAGAGGCGGAGGUGGAUCUAUGCGGGGCCGAGGAAUGGGUCGCGGUAGGGGAGGAUUUCAAAACACUGGGGGACGGGGACAAAUUCUGGGACCUAACCAGUGUGCCUUUUGCCGUCAGGUAGGCCAUUGGAAGAACGAAUGUCCAAUGAGGAACGGGAUGAACGGGGUGGGAGCGAACAGCAGUGCGGUAAAUAAUAAUCCAGUGGGCUAUCCGAUGACUCCAAGAGAGGUCGCUCAAGCUAUGGUCUUGGGAAAUUAUCAGAAUCAGAGCUGA